CGGGCCGGACGGAGCGGAGCGGGGGAUGCGGGGCCCGGGCGCAGCAUGCUGUGGGGGGUCGGGCUGGCGGCGCCCCGCUCCUGCGUGGCGGAUCUGAGCCGCAACCGCAGCCUGUCGCUGGGCUGGUGCGCGGGGCCCGAGGAGCCGCCGCCCGCGCUCUAUGGGGGCGAGCUGGUCGCCUUCCCGCUGGCGGGCGCGGGGGCGGGCGGCACCAUGGCGACGCUGGGCUCUGACUCGUGGUGGAAGAAGACGCUGUACCUGACGGGCGGCGCGCUGCUGGCCGCCGCCGCCUACCUGCUCCACGAACUGCUGGCCAUCCGGAAAGAGCAGGAGAUUGAUUCAAAAGAUGCAAUCAUACUGCAUCAGUUUUCAAGGCCCAACAAUGGUGUUCCAAGCCUGUCGCCUUUCUGUCUGAAAAUGGAAACGUACCUGAGGAUGGCUGACCUACCCUACCAGAACUAUUUUGAUGGAAAACUUUCCCCUCAAGGAAAAAUGCCUUGGAUUGAAUACAAUCACAAAAAAGUGUCUGGCACUGAGUUCAUUAUUGACUUUUUGGAAGAGAAGCUUGGAGUGAAUUUAAAUAAAAACCUUGGUCCGCGAGAAAGAGCUGUUUCCAGAGCAGUGACAAAGAUGGUGGAGGAGCACUUCUAUUGGACUCUAGCUUAUUGCCAGUGGGUGGAAAACCUUCACGAGACACAAAAGAUGAUUUCAGUUUACGGCCCCCUCAGUGACUUGCUGAAGUGGAUUCUCUGCCAUCUGACCAAAGGGAUCGUGAAGCGGGAGAUGUACGGCCACGGAAUUGGCCGCUUCUCUGAGGAGGAGAUGUACACCCUGAUGGAGAAGGACAUGAGGACUCUAGCAAGCCUCCUGGGUGACAAAAAGUACAUCAUGGGACCAAACCUCUCCACUGUUGAUGCCACGGUUUUUGGUCAUCUGGCACAGGCGAUGUGGACGCUGCCAGGUACUAGACCAGAGAGACUAAUCAAAGGUGAGCUCAUUAACCUCGCUAUGUAUUGUGAAAGAAUAAGGAGGAAAUUCUGGCCAGAAUGGCACCAUGAUGACGAUAACACUCUGUAUGAAUCUGAGGAAAGCAGUGACGCAAGCAAGACUCACUCUCCUUUGCAGGACUUCAGUUUUUAUUCAAGGACAGAAACAUUUGAUGAGGAAGGGAACAGUAUUUCUCAUACUCCUGACACAGAUUACACUGGACACUCCCUUUUUGAUUCAGAUGUGGACAUGGAUGACUACAGAGAUCACGAACAAUGCAAAUGAUGUGUACAAGCAUCUCUUGUUUUGCAGACAAGCUGUUUCUUGGGAUCAGUCGGAUUUAUUUUCUGCUCCAGGUUGGGAGAAGGUUUGUACCGCCUCCAAGAGACCAUUGUGCUUGACUUGGCUGUCACUUGCUACCUGGACUAUCUCAACCUUAUUUCAUUUUGUGUAAUUGUUCAGAUGGAACCAAGGUAAACAGUUAUUUAAAACACAGUGGGCAAACUGAAGGUCCAGAGGACAGCAGUAACUUUCAAUCUACGUUCUUGCUCCCACUGAAAAACAGAACCUGCAGUUGAGUGGGAGAAACCUCCAGGAGGUGGAGCAUUUGUAAGAGCUGGUUUAUGUUGAUAUCUUUACAGGAAUGGGUCAAGGACAAAAGUGGAAGAAGCGUUACUGGCACACCUUUCUCAUGUGGAAGAAAAUGAUUGGUGCUGAUUCGGUGGGGCUUUGGGAAAGUUUUGAUAGCUGCGUGCAGUCUGGGUGGUCACAGAGUGUCUGCAGGGAUGAACUGCUCCUGGUUCUUUCAGAGACAGACGAGGAAGGCAGGAGGAAAAUGUGUUCCUACAGAAGGGAACGUUUUAGCAUUUCUUGUUCUUUGCCGAAGGUUGAAAUUGCUGUUCUAGAAUAUUUUUAUUUGGAAGGAGAAUGUCAGUUUUAAUGUAUAAUCUCCCACACACUGAUCUGGAAAGUGUGUUGGCCAAAGCCUGGCUUCAGGCCUUUAAAUUUCCUCUGUGUUUUUGAAUUAUUACUAUGUUUGUACUUCCUGCCACCGGCUGUUAUCUGCUACUGAUGCUAGAGAAAUGGGAUUCAUAACUGAAAGCCUGGAGCAUCUCGGCAGUGGGUACUUUGUGCUCUUUACGCCAAGACACAUCAAACCUUUAAAGUUUGCAAAGGAACUUGUGGUGUUUUUAGGUGUGAGGUGCUGUGUAAAUAUAAGGUGUUAGCCUGCAAUCAAAUGCUGUAGAGCUGGCUAGGACGGUGGGCAUUUGCUAGCUUAUAAUGCACAGUUCCGAAAGGCAGUGUGUGGGAGCAAGCAGUGAGAAGACAGCAGUGUCAGCACGUGUUCUGUGAGGAUUUCCAGGAGCUGGAAUAAUGACUAGGGUUGAUCAUAACGCCUCUUUGGUGGCAUACUUGUGAAUCUGGAGAACCAAAGCAAGAAUAGCUGCACAGGUGCUGAUGUGCUCUGGUACUGGUGCAGAGAUAAAAAAUGGUUCCAUUGGGUUGGCCCACCUGUGUGAAGUUAAGCACCUACACCUGUGUUGCUUAGCAGUUAGUGUUUGAUUUUAAUUGGAGAGAAAGCAUAUGGAAAUUACAGAUUGCCCUGGUCUUUGAAAACGUGUAUAAAAUCAAGUUUUGCCUGCAUAAGUUGGUGGUAGCCUGUUGAAAAUAGUUCAGUCAAGCCUUUCUCACCGAAUUACAGUUCCAUGAAUCACGACCUCUCAGCAGAAAUUUUAUCAUAUGUUGAUUCUGAGAAUAGACAGGACACACAUACUUCAGUAUGUUAAUUGCUGAUAGUCUUAGUAGUCUGGAGCUUGAACCAACUCCAGCUUUCAAAGAACGCGUCCCUUUCCUGCACUGUGGAGUGUGACAGGAAGGUGCUUGUUGUGGGGAGCACCCAGCUAGCCAUGGCUAUGCAGGCAGUGGGGACAAGGCUGCACUGAAUUUCCAUGUCUCUUCCAUGCCUGGGAGCUAUUUCAGUCUGGAGAAGAGGAGGCUCAGGGGAGACCUUAUCGCUCUCUAUAACUACCGGAAGGGAGGUUGUAGUGAGCUGGGGGUCAGCCUCUUCUCUCUUGUAACUAGUGACAGGA